AUGUCUCGACCACUGGGCAGCACCGGCACCAUCGUUAGUUCGGAGCUGUUGUCUGAAAUAUCUCCGAGCAGCUUCAAGGUGGCAAUCAGCGUAGAGCAUAAGGCGGACGGCACUGAUGCACUAUACAUUGCCGAGGGCACAUCUUCGCAGAAAGAGUUGAAAGCGAAUCUAGGCUACAUACGUUUUCGCACCACCGAGGUGAUAGACAGCGAUUCCUACGGUCUCGUCGAACUCGUCAUUCGUGGUGCCACACUUCAACCGCAGAAUUUCAUUCAGGAAGGCAGAAGUGGUAGCGAGAAGUUUAUGAUCGUCAGUCUUGAAAGCAGUGUUCACUCUGCAGCCGCCAUCUUCGGGAGUUCCCCCUCCUUCAACAUCCACUGCAUUUCAGGGCCUUUGACUUGGCUUUCAAGGGGCACUUUGAAGGCCAGAUAG